GAAAAAUAUUAUUUUGUGAUAAGAUUACACAAAACAACAAUAUCGCUGUUUAGAUAGGUAGUCAGAUACAAGUGUAUUGUAUAUGUGAUAUAAUAUACCCAUAAUGUGUGCAACAAAAAAAUCAGGAAAGUGCAAAUAGUAAUUAUUUAACAAAUAUUCCAAUCGUCAGGGAAUCAAGACAAAGAAAUUCAAAAUGGGAAACCUAUGUUGCUGUUGCUCUACUUUAUACGAAAAAGUAGAUCCAGAUACAUCCGUCAUAUCAUGUGAUAAUACUGGUUUUGUUAAUUCCGAUGGAGACCCCAUAACUUCAACACACGAUCCUAUAUUUACCAUAGAAACUGAAUUAAGACGAAGCUCGUCAAGACAAUCAAAUCGAACACAGAUAGAUAACAGAAGAAUAUCUAAUGUUAGGCCUCCAGGAACUAGCACUACUGUCCAAAAUGAAAAUGCCACUUACCUCAAACGUCCAAGUACUUCCCAAAGAAUUCCAAAUCUGCUGGAUGGAUUUGAAAGGCAGUCAAACAUUCCAACCAAACCAAUACCUUCAACAACCAAAAGAGAUAUGGAUACCCUAAGAAUAACCUAUGCCGGCUCUAAAAGACAUACAAUAAUUCAGCCACAACAAGAGCAGGAACGCCCAAAGGAAGACUCAUCACGAAAAAAUAAAGAAGAUAAUUUAUCAGAUCAAAAGAGAAAAAAUUCUAAUGUUGAAUCGUUGCACCACAGAAGUCAUAUGGUGUUGAGGAGUUUCCGGAACUUGGUUAUUUCACAAAAUUCCACUGGCACAAAAGUUGUCCAAAACAACAAUCUACUAAAUGAAAUAUAUCGAGCUUAUAGUUCGAGAACUCUUACUAUGUUUAUAGACAAUCAAAAUGUUUACAAGCUAGAGAUUUUAAAUCAAGAUUCAAACGAAUUUAGAACGGUCAAACAACUUUUCUUUAGCACCAAUAAAAAGUUUUUUAAAGUACAUAGCAUUGAGAAAGUACAUAAUACAUAUUUAUUACUGCAAUAUGAACUUAAAAAAUUGGAAUAUGUGAAAAGGGGUAUAAGUCUUGAAGAGAAACUCUUAUUUCAUGGCACGAAGAAGUCUAAUAUUGACGGCAUUUGCCAAGAAAAUUUUAAUUGGAGAUUAAAAGGUUCUUACAAAGGAUAUCAAUUUGGUCAAGGUGUUUCAUUUUCACCCAUUGCCUAUUAUUCCACUCACUACGGAGAUGCAACUUACAACAAAGUGAUGAUCCUAGUCUCAGUUCUAGUAGCGAACUGUUGUAUAGGAUCAGCAAACAUGAAGAUUCCUCCAUUUGGUUACGAUACAAGUGUCAAAGAAAAUCACCACGUAUAUGUUAAAUAUGAUGAUAAUACAUAUUAUCCACGAUAUCUUAUACAUUAUGGAGGAAAUGAUCACAAAAAUCAAUAAUAUUAUGAUGCAAUUUUUUUUUAUUACUUAGUACUUUAGUUUGGUAGGUACAGUGUGAAUACAAUAUUAAUAUAAAAUUUUUUACAUA